UUCUUGAUGUUCUUGAUGUUCUUCACGUUCUUCACGUUCUUCACCACACCCACCUUUCAUAUUAAUGAAAUCCAAAAGACACACGAGAUUGCCUAUCUUUAUACUAAUUAAUGUCAGAAAAGCCAUUUUCUCAAACCGAAAAUCUUUAGUCAACUCAUCUUUAAUGGCACCCACGAUCACACCCUUCUCUCUCUCCUUUCAUUUAAAUAAGAACCCUGUUAGAACUCUGUUCAGUUUUCCGCUAUAUUGUGUUCUAUAUGUUCUUCUCAAACCCAAAAACACAAUGAAAUUUGAGGACUUCCUGACGCAGCCAACGCCAAAGCAUCAGCGCAAGCUUGAUCUUGAGGCUGAAGUUUUGAAGUUGCAGGCAGAAUUGCAUGCCGAACAAGCACUCAACAAGGCUCUGCAUUGGGCUCUCCAUGGCCCUCUCUUGUCCCACCCCCAUGUUUCUUCCUCUUUGCCCCCUCAGGUGCAGUUGUUUAUGGAAGAGCUGGGAGCUGUGGAGAGGGAGGUUGAUAGGUUAGAGAAAAAGGUUGAAGAGCUGAAAUUCAACUUGGACAAAGAGAGGGAACAGCGCCUUAGAAGGCUUUGCCAACAAAACUUGCUCUUCAAUGGACCUGAAACUAAUGCCCACCGCUCCAAAUCUCAGCGUUAUGAUGAACUUAGAAAAGACAUGAUGAUGCUGAGUGAGAGGAGAUUCUCUUCAAGUGCUGCUUCUGAUAUCCAAAUUACCAUGUCUUCCAUUGGUAAUCAUCAAUCUUCCCAUCUUGCUGGAGCCUGCGACGUUGGUGCAUGGAAGAACGCGACGAGAACCCGAAAAGAAGCUUGCAUUGAGACACCAAAUCAGCUUUCAGAACACUUGAUCAAUUGUCUCAUAAGCAUUUAUCUUGAUCUAAAUCAGCCAUCACACAACAGCCAAACUAAACAUGGCCUUUCCUGCAUCAACUCAAAGACCAAUCCUUAUACUAUACUGCUUGACUCAGAAGGCUCUGUGAGGGACAUUGGCCCUUAUAAGAACUUCAUCCACAUCACGCAAACGUCUUUCGACAUCCGUAGAUUGCCCGAGUGCUCACCGUCGAUGAGAAAAUUGAGGGUUUUGAUUCAUAAGCUGAGCAGUGUGGAGUUGACCUUUCUGACGUACAAACAGAAGUUAGCAUUCUGGAUAAACAUAUAUAACUCCUCUAUAAUGCAUGCAUUUCUCGAACAUGGGCAGCCAUCGACAACAGAAAAGCUCUUGACUUUGAUGAACAAGGCUGCUCUUAAUGUUGGUGGGAUAGUUCUCAAUGCUCUGGCUAUCGAACAUUUCAUUCUUCGGCAUCCAACCGAAACAAAUUACGCUUUAGAUGAGAAGGAAAUGCUGCUUAGGCAUGCCUAUGGCUUAGGAUAUCCGGAACCUAAUGUGACAUUUGCUCUAUGUCGAGGCAGCUGGUCAUCUCCUGCAUUAAGGGUGUAUACUCCUGAGGAAGUGGUGAACGAGCUGGGGUUGGCAAAAGUGGAGUAUUUGGAAGCAUCAGUGGGGAUGACAAGCAAGAAGAAGAUAAUGGUGCCAAAGCUUCUUGAAUGGCACAUGAAAGACUUUGCAGACGACAUGGAAUCGAUGUUGGAAUGGAUUUAUAGCCAACUUCCUGGCUCAGCAAGCUUGAAGAGGUUAAUAAUGGAGUGUUUGAAUGGUGAAACUAAGUCUCCUAUCAAGAAAAUGGUGGAAAUUCAACCUUAUGAAUCCGAGUUUCGUUACUUGCUACCCAUGUAAUCUUCAUUUCAUUAAU